AUGGUCACCACCCAACUCCAGCAGGUCCAUCUCGUCAAGCAGGCCCCCGGCUACCAGCUCGUCGACCCGUCGACCUCGAACCUCCUGCCAGGCAUAGACGGUAUUGCCACGGCUGCAGAUCUCUAUCGGCAGGAGCACGAGGCGCUCGAGGACAACCUGCUCGCGGCCUGCGCCGCCCAUUUGUGGCACAAGGGCUCGUAUAGAGCCGUGUGCCCGCGGCCUAUCCUCAUUAGGAAGCACCACCAGCGGCAGCUCGAGGCCCUCCACGAGGCCUUGACGGCCGCUAUUAUCGACAUUGUCCAGCGGUGGUGGACCGACGAGGAGGCGCGACUGCCUGAGCGGAUGCCCCUCGAGCCUGAGGAGGAAGAACAUCUGAAGUGGAUGGAUGCCCAGGUCGCCAAUGGGACUCUGCAAGAAUUCACUGCAUGUCUCGGUUCGUGGAGGCCCGACUUUCUCGUCGAAGAGUAUCGAGAUUCAGACAGAAGGGGCAGAGUCCUCUCGGAGAACUUCAGUAUUACCGAGAUCAACGCAAGGUUCUCCUUCAAUGGCUUCAUGCACGAGGCGUACGGCCAGCGCGCAUUGGAUGACGUCCUGGCCGGAAUCGGUGCGGGAGCAGAAGGGCUCGUCAGUGCCACUAAUGCGGACAAGAUCCUCGAUGGCUUGUUCAGUCUCUUCCGGCCCGACCGCCCACUCCACCUGCUCAAGGACCAGGAGAAUGGCAUCGACAUCCACAUGUUCAUCGACGCCGUCGAGCGCCGCUUCGGCAUCAAGCCCAGGAUCAUCGACCCUGCCCAGCUCAGAUUGCUCCCUAACGGCAACGAUGACGGCGGCCAGGGUGGCUUCCGCCUCUGCUGCCUCGUCUCCCCCACGCCCACUGUGUCAGGCGGCGGUGACGACAGGGACAGGGACCAGGGCAUGGGCAGGGAUACUAAUGAAGUACCACCGCACACCACAACCCCGGCGCUAAUCACCACCCCCGACGGCGAGUUGGUCGAGGAAAUCUUCCAGGUCGGCCUGGAGCUGCACCAGCGCGAGCUCGCGGCACUGGCGCCCGAGAUGCUGCGCCAGAUCAGCCUGCGCUGCUUCAACGACAUGCGCACCAUCUUCCUCGUCCACGACAAGCGCAUGCUUGGCAUCGUCAAGCAGGAGCUACCACGCCUGGUCGCGCGGGGCGUCCUGACGCGGACCCAGGCCGCGACGCUGCGGCGGGGCGUGGUAGAUACGGCGCUUCCGGGGUCGUCCGAGCUCCAGCGCAUCCUCGACGCCUCGAGGGCCGACCCUAGCGUCAGGGACGGCUAUCUCAUGAAGCCCAUCCGCGGGGGCAAGGGCGCAGGCAUCGUCUUUGGCGACGACAUGACGGCCGACGACUGGAUCGCGUUGCUCGAACGGCUGUCCCGUAGCGCCAGCAUAGAGGCGGGUGUGUCGAGCGUGGUGCAGCGGCGCAUCGAGCCACGGUUAUACGACGUGGUACUCAAGGCAUCGGGUGAGAGACACAGCUACCCGCUGGUCGGCACGUAUCACGUCGUCAACGGGAGGCUGUUGGGCCUUGGGACGUGGCGCGCCAGCGGUGGCCGGAUCGUCGCAAAAGAGGAAGACAAGUCGUAUCCUGGCUACUCGUUGUCGGAGAUACUAGCCGACGCCGACGCGCACCCCUUCUACGCCGCCGAGGCCGAGUACCCUCCCGAUCCGCGGACUCUGCGGGACAUUCAGACGCAGGUGAUCGAGAAGAGCGACGUAGCAGCAGGAGCAGAUUCAGGUCAUCUCCAAGCACGGCCCUUAUUAUGGAAGACGAAUCUAUACACCGCCAUCCAGCGAUUGAUCGCCGAUACCAGUCCCAGCAACACCUUUCGCCGGGGCGUGUACAGCAGCGUCACCGGUGGUGGCAGCGGACCGAAUCCGCUCUUCUUCGCGACGGAUGUCCACGAGAACCGCAGGCACAGAGCCCAGUUCGGCGCUUUCAUCCGCCGGAUGGGCCUCCUCAGCGACGCAGACUGGGUCGUGACGUUGCACAUGGGCGGCGGUCUAUACAGAUCGCUGGACCUCACGCUCGAGCUGCUCGAGAAUGCGGGUGCGUCGGUCCUCGCCGCGGGGAGUUACAUGAAGCCCGCAGAGGUCGUGAGGCUGCUGGGGCAAUACCAUGCCAACGUUAUCAGCGGCGAGUCGAGCCAGGUCGUGCAGCUGACGCACUACAUCUCCACCCUCUCUGUCCAGGACAGGGCGCUCAUCACUAUCGACAAGAUCAUCUACACGUCCGAGGGGCUCACGCCAUCUCAGCGCGCGUACCUCCAUUCGGUGCUGGGCCCGGUUCAGAUCUUCUCCAUACUGGGCAGUGCCGAGGCUGGACCCUACGCCGUGAGCUGUCUUCACCUCCUCGACAGUGUGGCUGCGGCCGACCAGCAGAGUUUCGUGUUUGAUACGCGGCACACCAUUAUCGAGAUCCUUCCGCUUCUCCCGCAGGAUGAUUGCCAGGACACCGACGGUAGCAUCAAGCCCGUGCCCCUUGAGCAUGGGCAUAUUGGCAUGAUUGCGCAGACGUCCCUCUCGAGGUUACGCAACCCGCUUGUGCGGUACAUCACCGGCGACGUUGGCUCCCUCCACCGUCUUCCCGCGACAGCGAGAAACAGAGUCUGCGCCGGCGACUGGGACCACUUGUGUGUCCUCCGUCUCCAGGGCCGCGAUCGCCGCUUCAGCUUCGCGUGGGACGGGGACUACUUUGAGUUUCAGGGUCUGGAGAGGAUCCUGAACGACGAGGUGCAGGGGGUCCUGCAGUGGCAGGUGAUCUUGGAGAAGAGGGAGGCGUCCCAGGAAGUGGUCUUAGAGAUUCGCCUGCUGCGGUCCGAGUCGUCUAGUGCUAGCGCCGACGGCAUCGUCUCGAGAUCAGAUUGCGGGUUGGAAGGGCGUAUUCGGGACUUUCUGCUUGUUAGCGCUCUAAACGAGGAUCGCUUUCG